AUGGCAGUUGCCUGCAUUCUGCUCAGCGCAUUUGCCGCCCUCGUGCGGGCUGAGACCUGUCCCAUGCACUCCAGCAGCUCCAGCCCUGCCCUGCUGCAGGGAUCUAUGAAAGUUCAAGCAACGCUUUCUGUGGACGAGCGGUCAAAGACCUCCAAGAAAGGUGUCGGCCUUCCGUCCUCCACCGGUUACGGAGCAACGCAGCUGGAGGCUUUGAACGCUUCCUGGUUUUAUUCUUGGGGGCUGAAACCCAAGAUCACCGUACCAGAUGGCGUGGAGUUCGUGCCUAUCGUCGCCACGGCCAAGUACUUGCAGUGGAGUCCAGCGAGUGGAUGCCAUGACAUCCUGGGUUUUAAUGAGCCGGAUCACUCCGGGCAGGCCAACAUCAGCGUCAGCGAGGCCCUCAAACUUUGGCCGCAGGUUCUGGCCAAGGUUCCAACCAACGGCCGCAUCGGAUCCCCUGCGACAGCAGGCAAUCCUGUGACCGGCUCCUGGUUCCCAGAGUUCAUGGCCGCUUCGCCUCAUGUGGACUUUGUGGCCGUUCAUUGGUACAAGGGCGCCAAGGUGGACAAGUUCAAAUCUGACAUCCAGGAAGUCAUCGACAAAUACCAAAAACCAGUUUGGGUCACGGAGUUUGCGCCUCAGACGAUUGCCGAAAGCACUGCAGACCCCACCAAAUGGAGUCAAGCGGAAGUGAAUGAAUUUGUCCAGGAGGUCGUGUCAUGGAUGGAAAGCAACUCCAUGGUUGAACGCUACGCUUGGCACGACUCCAAGUCAGGCACUUCUUGGCUUUAUGAUGAUGCAGGUGGACUGAGCGAGACUGGUCAAGUUUAUGCCGCCAGCUGA